CCCGGAUGCAGCUGAGGCGUUCCGGCUUGUUGCAAGAUGGCGGCGGGUGUAGAGGAAGGGUUCCAAUUCCUUCAGCACGCAGUGGGCUCUCUGCUCUCAGACUAUGGGUGGUACAUCCUUUUCAGCCUCAUUGCUAUUUAUCUACUUGUACAAAAACUCCCCAAGAGCUUUCGAGGCCCCAGGAGAUCCCAUUUGGAUGCAGCAGCUGUUGAACCUGAUGCUGUGGUUAGAAGACAAGAAGCUUUGUUAGCUGCCCGUCUGAAAAUGCAAGAAGAAUUGAAUACUCAAGCAGAAAAAUUCAAAGAGAAACAGAGGAAGGUCGAGGAGGAGAAGAGAAAGCAAAAGAUAGCCAUGUGGGAAAGCAUGCAAGAAGGCAAAAGCUACAAGGAGACCCUCAAACAAAACCAGGAACCUGAGCCUGGUGCCUCAACCUCGGCUGCUGUCCCAAAGCCAAGAUCCAAAGGAAAGCCUUUACGAAAUGCCGGUUACAAUCCCCUGUCUGGAGAAGGUGGUGGACUUGCUCGUGGAGACCAGGACGCAGAGGCCCUUCAACAGGUGGAUGAGGCUAAUUCUGCUGGUGUCUUCCUUUUGACGCUGGCAGGCAUUAACCUAACCUCACACCUAUGGCUGUCUAUGGUUUGCUUGACACAGGGAUUUGAAGCAGGGGAAGGUUUGGAGUAGUACAGUCGUGGCCUCGAAAACGUGUGAAACAAAAGUUCUUAGCGCAACUGAGAAUGACUUGAAACCUGCAGGAAGGGAAUGUCAGAAUUCGACAGGAAACCAUGUCACGGGAUGGGACGGGGGUGACUAUUGAUUUCCCCUUUCGAGAGACCACGUGCCCGUGGCCUAGCACUUUAGCCAGGGCAACUGGCUUUUUAGUUUGAGACCCAGGCUUCGCCGUUCGUGCGAUGCGUGGGGCUCAUUCGCGGAUUCCUUUUCUGGGAAACGGGAAUGCCGGCACACUCCUUUGCAAGCUGUUUCCCCCUGCUGCCGAAAUCGCCGUGCAGAGAAAAAGCAGCUGCAUCCCCCACAUCCAUCGGUUUUGCAGCAAAAAUCGCGGCAGGGAAACAAAGGUGCAUGGGGAGCAGGUGUCUUGUUCGCAAGCAGAGCCUCACUCCCAUAACUGCAGUUCUGCUUGGCAACAAGGUGAGCGCCCUCCCAACCUGACUUGUUUCCCAGCGAAAUCGCUGCCAUUUUUGCUGCUGUAGCAACAAAUUUGGCAGUGAGGGGCAGGCUUCUUGGGGAGAGGGGCAGUGGAAGAAGUUGCCCACCCCUUGGGUUUGAGGUUGGAUUGCCUGCCAAAGGGCUUUGGUGUCUGAUGGCGAGAAAAACAUGCUUAAAAAGGCAGUCACUAGAUGCUUCUCACGGGAGGGGAAUAAACAAAUGCCUGGGGAAAGUGCAAUGACUGAUGGUCAAGUCAGUACAACUACAUAAAGUCAAGGUGAAAGGUUGUCAAAUAGGACUUUGGAUCCAGAAUCUCUCUUGCCAGUAAUUUCCCAAGUGAUGCAUUCGGUGUGUUGGCAAAUGGAGCUCAUUUUGCCUUAAGUUCAUGUCACCUAGUUUUCGAGCAGAGUUUUGCGAUGGAUGCAAAUGAAGUUCCCUGAUAACUCCCUGUAACAAGCAACAUUGAAUGACAUGGUCCUUACAAAUGGUGAACUUGCCACUGAGGACCACUGAAGUUAGACAGCCAGUGGGGAGGCAGUUCUUGCCGUAUCCUCGUUUAAUCUGCUUUGUAUGACAAAAAAGACUGUAAACAACAUUUGCAACCUAGCUGUUUCUAUGGCUUUUUUUUUCUAUGGAGAAAAGUAUGUAUUCUAGUGUAAGAAGGUUGUAGUCCUGUACACACUUACCUGAGAGAAAGCCUCAUUAAACUCGGGAGGCUUACUUCUGAGUAGGCAUGUAUAGGAUUUUCACUGUUAAAGCCAGUUAAAUUCUUUGUGGCUUGUUCCGGACAGAAGGUACCCCCUAUUCCCCCUCCCCAAAAUAUUGUUACUUAAUAAAAUAUUAUUUAUAUAGUG